AUGAUUCAACAAUUUACAUUGUUAUUCCUAUAUUUGUCGUUUGCGACUGCAAAAGCGAUCACUGGUAUUUUCAAUAGUAUUGACUCAUUAACUUGGUCCAAUGCUGGCAAUUACGCUUUCAAAGGACCAGGAUACCCAACUUGGAAUGCUGUGUUGGGUUGGUCAUUAGAUGGUACCAGUGCCAAUCCAGGGGAUACAUUCAUAUUAAACAUGCCAUGUGUGUUUAAAUUCACUGCUUCCCAAAAAUCUGUUGAUUUGACUGCCGAUGGUGUUAAAUAUGCUACUUGUCAAUUUUAUUCUGGUGAAGAGUUUACAACUUUUUCUUCAUUAAAAUGUACAGUGAACAAUAAUUUGAGAUCAUCUAUUAAGGCUUUGGGUACGGUUACUUUACCAAUUGCAUUCAAUGUUGGUGGAACAGGGUCAUCAGUUGAUUUGGAAGAUUCUAAAUGUUUUACUGCUGGUACCAAUACGGUAACAUUUAAUGAUGGCAGUAAAAAGCUCUCAAUUGCUGUUAAUUUUGAAAAGUCAACAGUUGAUCAAAGUGGGUAUUUGACUACUUCCAGAUUUAUGCCGAGUCUCAAUAAAAUUGCUACUCUUUAUGUGGCACCACAAUGUGAAAACGGUUACACAUCUGGUACAAUGGGAUUCUCCACUAGUUAUGGGGAUGUUGCUAUUGACUGUUCAAAUGUACAUAUUGGUAUUUCAAAAGGAGUAAAUGAUUGGAAUCAUCCAGUUACGUCUGAAUCAUUUAGUUACACUAAAAGCUGUUCAUCUUUUGGUAUCUCUAUCACAUAUCAAAAUGUUCCUGCCGGUUAUCGUCCAUUUAUUGACGCUUAUAUUUCUCCCUCAGAUAAUAACCAGUAUCAAUUGUCGUAUAAAAAUGACUAUACUUGUGUUGAUGAUUAUUGGCAGCAUGCACCUUUCACUUUAAAAUGGACUGGAUAUAAGAAUAGUGAUGCCGGAUCUAACGGUAUUGUCAUUGUUGCUACAACUAGAACAGUUACAGACAGUACCACUGCUGUCACUACUUUACCAUUCAAUCCAAGUGUUGAUAAAACCAAAACAAUCGAAAUUUUGCAACCUAUUCCAACCACUACCAUCACAACUUCAUAUGUUGGUGUGACUACUUCCUAUCUGACUAAGACUGCACCAAUUGGUGAAACAGCUACUGUUAUUGUUGAUGUGCCAUAUCAUACUACCACAACUGUUACCAGUGAAUGGACAGGAACAAUUACGACGACUACAACUCGUACCAAUCCAACUGAUUCAAUUGACACAGUGGUGGUACAAGUUCCACUUCCAAAUCCAACUACAACUACAACCCAGUUUUGGUCAGAGUCAUUUACUAGUACUACUACAAUCACCAACUCUUUAAAAGGUACAGACUCAGUCAUUGUUAGAGAACCACACAACCCUACUGUGACUACCACCGAGUUUUGGUCAGAGUCGUAUGCUACUACUGAGACCAUCACCAACGGUCCAGAAGGAACAGACUCAGUCAUUGUUAGAGAACCACACAACCCUACUGUGACUACCACCGAGUUUUGGUCAGAGUCAUAUGCUACUACUGAGACAGUCACCAACAAGCCAGAGGGAACAGACUCGGUCAUUAUCAAGGAACCACACAAUCCUACUGUUACCACCACCGAGUUUUGGUCAGAGUCAUAUGCUACUACUGAAACAAUUACUACAGGGCCACUUGGUACUGAUAGUAUCGUUAUACAUGAUCCAUUGGAAGAACUGUCUUCUACUACUGCUAUUGAGUCGAGUGAUUCUAAUAUUUCAAGCUCAGCUCAAGAAUCAUCCAGUCUGGUUGAGCAGUCAUCAAGUAUAGUUGGAUUGUCAUCAAGUUCAGAUAUACCAUUAAGUUCAGACAUGCCAUCAUCGAGCUCAACUGGGUUAACAUCUAGUGAGUCGUCUACUGUCUCAAGUUAUGAUAGCGAUUCAUCAAGUAGUAGUGAGUUAUCUACAUUUUCUAGUUCUGAGAGCUACUCGUCAAGUAUCUCUGAUACCACAAACUUUUGGGAUUCUUCAAGUUCCGAUUUAGAGUCCACUCUGAUCACUUGGAGUUCCUCCAUCGAUGCACAAUCUAGUCAGUCGGUACAGUCAGUAUCAAACUCCAUUAGCACAAGUCAGGAGACAACAUCAAGCUCAGGUGAGGAAUCCAAUACGUCAGUCACCGAUAUUUUAGUGUCAAGUGAUGCAAGUUCUAUUUUGAACUCUGAUAUUUCCAGUUAUUACCCAUCUAGCACAAUUCUGCUAAGUGACGAUUUUCCACACACUAUAGCAGGGGAGCCAGAUAGCCGAUCAAGCUCAUCAAUAGCAUCUACUGUUGAGAUUUCUAGUGAUUUGGUCUCUCUUACAAGUGACCCAACAAGCAGUUUUGAUUCAUCUUCUAGUUUGAAUUCUGACUCAUCAUCUCUGCCAUUCAGUGACGAAAGUGAUAUUUCGGCUUCAUCUAGUUUUUCUACAUUAGUUGCCCCAUCUUUUUCAUUGAGUUCAAGCAGUUCAUUAUCUUUGACAUAUCCACAUUAUGUCAACUCAACAACAUAUCAUGCAUCGGAAUCCGAAAGCUCAUCUGUCGCUUCACCAUCAAUGGCAAGUGAGUCAGCUAAUGAUGACACACAUACUUUGCUGGAAUCUACUGACACUACAUCCAGUAUUGGCACAGAUUCUUCUACUGUGACAUUUUGUCGUCGUGAUAACGGAGAUGGCUGUAUUGUAACAGGGAUGCCAUCGUCUAGUAUAGACAGUGAACAGACUAGUGAUGUGACGACAACUUCUAGCUUUGUUGCUUCCAGCACACCAACCUCAGCAGAACAGUCUAUUACUGACAAUCCAAAUAUCGACUCACUGCAAACAAGUGCUAGUUCUUCAACUAAAUCAUCAGUUUCUGUGUCAGAUACAGUAGUAAAUUCAAUUUCAUUAUCUGAAACGUCAACCUUAUCAUCUGAUGACAGUACUUCUUCGGAUACCAGCAUUAGCUCAACAACAAACUCUGAUACUGGUAAUAUUAAUGCUGGGUCGCUGCACACAAGUACUGCUUCCAUCAAAGAACUGUCAAUUCAGAAAACGGGAGUAAUGUUAAGUUCCAGUUAUUUGUCGACAAAAUUGAGUUCUACGUCAGAUAUUACUACUGAACUUAUUACUACUGAACUUAUUACUACUGAACUUACUACUAUCGAAGAUAACGAACCAAACACUUUUACUUCAACUCCGUCAAGUCAUUCUGAAAUAUUUUCUAGUGAUAAUAGUGUUUUAUCAAAACAAGUUGAUAGAGAAAGUACUAUUAAAACUUCUCCUACAACGGACGUCACUACAGUAUCAUCUUUAUCAGUACAUUCAACAGAAGCUUCUACUGCAACACUCGGAGAAAAUUCAUUUAGCAAUGUUGCCAGUACUCCACUGAAUAUUGCAACAUCUUUAAGAUCAACAAGUUCAUCAUCAAAUCAUGCUACCGAAUCAAGUGGAACAGUUAAAAGUGAAGCAAGUGCAGAAGCAAUUCCUUCUCCACCUACUUCAACUGACAACAGACUAAGCUAUUCAACUGAAGAAGCCAAAGGUAUUACAUAUGCUAAUUCAGGUUCUACAAAUAACCUCAUAACCGAAUCUCAAGUGGCCGCUCCAACAGAUUCUACUUCAGUGUUGAUUGAAAACCCAGUAGUAACUUCGACCUUUGAUGAUAACUCGUCAGCAGCUGUGGAUCAACCAAGUAAAACUAAGUCGAUUGAAGAAUCUAUUAUGAAUCCUGAUUCAACCAAUGAAACUAACAAUGGAUUUAUCGCUACUUUAUCACAAGCUCAAGUACCAAAUUCCUUGAUUCAUUCAGAGUCAAUACUGACUACGAUGGCUAAAACAACUGAUGCUUCGAUAAAUGGAGACAGUGCUGCUUCAAACUCACAGCCAACCACAUUAAUUCAACAAGUAGCAACUUCCUCCUACAAUCAACCCCUUAUUACUACUUAUGCCGGAUCUUCAUCCGCCACUAAACAUCCUUCCUGGUUGCUUAAAUUUAUUAGCGUUGCAUUAUUCUUCUUCUUAUGA